AUGCAAGUUACUUUCUCUAAGCGUCGUGCUGGACUCUUCAAAAAGGCUAGUGAGCUUUGUACGCUAUGUGGUGCUGAAAUUGCCAUUGUGGUAUUUUCUCCGGGCAAAGCCAACAAAGUUUACUCCUUUGGCCACCCUUCAGUGGAGUUGCUGGUGGAUAGGUUCCUGGGGAGGGACCUCCCUCCACCAAAUGAUGAUGAUCGCUACAACCACCUAAUCAGGGCUCAUCGAAACACUGGUCAACGUGGGCUCAAUAAGGAGGUCAUGGACAUGCAGGAGUCUCUCCAGAAGGAGAAAGCUAUAGGGAAAUCCCUACUUGAAUCUGGGAGGGGAGCCUACGAUCGUGUGUGCGAAUCUCCUAUUAUCGAAGGACUUAGCCUCUCCCAACUUGAACAAUUGAAGGAGGCAUUGGAAGCUCAAAAGUGA